GAGACAGAAACAGAGCGGAGAGAGACAGAGAGACAGAGAGAGAGAUAGACACAGAGACAGACCUGAGAGAGAGAGAGGGGAUCAUGGCUGAUGUCCCUCAAUCAUUUUUGGGAUUGCUUGUGACCGUUUUGUACCUUCUAACAGGUGUCAGUGGAGAAACUCUCUCUAUGUUCUCCAGAGUGGGAGAUGAUGUCAGUCUGCCGUGUAACAAUGUGGUUCAUCCAGACUGCUCCUCUACUACAUGGAUCUAUAACAGAGAUGGAUCUACUGGUAAUAUUGAAGAGGUCACAUUGGGGAAGAUCAAAGUUGUCCAGAAAGAGAGAGCAGAGAGACUGAGUUUAGGGUCUAACUGUUCUCUACAUGUUAGCAAUGUCAGGGCUGAGGAUGUUGGACUCUACACCUGUCAACAAUACCUUAAAGAGACUGGACCAAAACAUGGAGGUGAUGCUCCUGUUCAUCUGUCUGUUCUAACUAUCUCCUCUACCACAGCAGUGACAGAUCUGAAGCCUAAUGUUAAAAUGACAUUACGGUGUUCUCUGCUCACCGAUACGCAACAUGGAACGUGCCGGUCAGGAUUUAGUCUCAGCUGGGGCCCUAAAACAGGUACUAAAGCCCAGGUCACACAGGAUUCUUCCUGUGACAUCACUCUGACUGUGACACUCCAGAAGGAGGACAACAACAGGAAGUGGACGUGCACACUGACUGAAAAGGGAAACAUGAAGAUCUCCAUUGACUUCACCUCCACAUUCUCAGGUAUGUGUUCUUGUUAUGUUCCUAUAAUCUGAAUAAGUUCACAAGAUCUGUGAUGAUAUUAAAGUUCAUAUCAAAUCUGAUUCAUUCUCCUGGUAUUUGUGAUAUUAGUGAUUGAUUUGAAUCCUACUGCUGUGUCUGAUGAUGAUGAUGAUGGGUUAUUUAAUAAACUAAAAGAGGAUGUUCAUCUCCUACUGAAAAAGAUAUAGAAGAAAAGACCACUGAUAGUGAUGAUGUCAUCUCUACUCUCCCAGGUAAAAUACUCCCAUCUGUAUGAUGUGUGCAGAUAUAGUAAAUGUUUUAUCUGUCCUCUGGAUACAUAGAACUGGGUACUGUGUUUUUCUUGCAGUGUCAGGGUUUGAGACUGGGUCCAGAAAGAUUAUAUGUUUUUCAGACAGUUCUGGUGUAACUUCUCUAAUUCCUGUCAGGACAACCAGCAGUACUCCACAACAGUAUAAGACUGGUCAUGUAAAAACAGGCCCAAACAUAUUAAUACAUUAAUAGGAAGUACUGCUUGUCUAGUGUUAGUAUAAUUUAAUUAUGACAAUGUGCUUUCAUCAAUUGAAAGCCCUUCAUCUAUUUUAUGAGAAUUUGUAAGAUUUCUUGUUUGCAUAAAAUAGACGCAGACCAGUCUUUAAAUAAUAGGUAAUAGAAUUUAUUCUCGGAG